AUGGCUAGAACUCUGAGUGCAUGGAGAGGAGCAGUGCUAGAUGUGACUCGAAAGAAACAAAAUGCGAAUGUUGAGGAGGAAGAAUGGAAGGCCGCUAUUGAGAAUGAGACUAGGGAACGCUGGAGAGAGAGAAAGGAAUUCUUCAGUGUCUCCACCGUCUGCCUAUUAUUGCCGCCAAAGAAAAUGAAGACUAUCGUAAUUUUCUUCAUCUUGGCAACAGCAGAGGCCAUUCCGGUUUCUCAGAUCAGACCCCAGGAGAAAUAUACUUUUAAUAGACUUGUGGAUUUAAAUUGUCCAGGAAAAGCAGAAGUGACCCAACAGGAUCAAAUAACUGUUGAUGGCAUUGUCAAAGAAAAUAAUGAAACUAAUGAAGACUUCACCUAUCAAAAUAGGAAGGAUGCCCAACUAUAUAAAAAUGGCAGUAGCAAAGGAGAAGAGGAUGCUAUUGAGAAUACAAAGAUAGGAGAAAAGGAAUCUUAUGCCAGUCCUGGAUUAGCUAAAGGAGAGAGAGAUUUUAGCAAUAGGCAUGGGGAAAUAAUGUAUCCAGAAACAUUAGAGAGAGAUGGGAAUGGAGAAAAUGACACAACAAAUGGGUUUGAAGACAUCAUUUACAAGGCAGGAAAUGUAAUGCAGAAUAAUAAUAAUGAAACCAUCAGUGGAAAUGCCAAAGAAGGGAAUGCUACCAACACAAAUCAAAUUGAAAUGGUCAAUAUUCAAGGAGAUGGGAUUGGGAAUAAUCAAACUGAGGCUCCAACAGAAAAAAGUGAAGCUAAACAUGGCAGUGGAGAAGAGGAAAGCUGGAAUGAUAUCGAUGGUGGUGCUAGUGGUAAUGGAGUUGGUACCUUUGAAGACAAUGGUUCUGGUGAUGAUGAGGGAGAAGAAGCAGAGGACAGAAAUGAAAGCACUGUUGAUCAUAGGGAUUCAAGCUUUCCUAGUAAUGAGGUUCAGGAAAACGGAAAUGAAGAUGACAGUGAUAAUAGUUUAAGCAAAAAUUCAAGUAAUGCCAAAGAAGAAGAUGACACUGGAGACAAAGAUGAUUUCCUCAAUGGAGAAAAUAUAUCAAAGAAUGAUGAAGAUCAUAAUACAGUAGAAGCUUCCACAGAGCUGACUUUAAUCCUUAAAGGUGGGAAAAAUGGAUUCAUUGAAGAAUCAGGUCCCAAUGACAUUGACAGAGACCAAGAAAAGGUAGAAAACAAUGGACCCAACAGCAGCAAUGGUAUGGAAACGACUAAAGAAGCUGAGAAAGUAAAUGAUACUCUUCAAAGUAAAGGAGAUGACAUUAUUUUAAACAAAGGAUCCCACGAUAUGCCAGUGAAAGUUGACAAUGAACCUGUUGGAAAUAUCCCGAAAUCAAAACUUGGAGGCAACACUGGCAGUGAAAGCAGUAGUGAUGGAUAUGAUGAGAGCUAUGAUUUUGACAAUGAAUCUAUGCAAGGAGAUGACCCUAAUAGCAGUAACGAUGAUGUCAAGUCUGAAAGUGAGGAUAUCAGUAACAGUGACGGCAAUGAUUCUAACGAACCUGAUGAAUCGAUUGGUGAUAGCAAUGGUAGCAACUCACCAGAAGGAGGAGAUGAGGAUAGUGAUAGCGUUUCAGACACUAAUGGUGAUGAUAGUGACAACACUCACAAUAACAGUGAUGGAAAGCCUCCAAAUGGCAGUAGUGAUAGUAGUGACAGUGACAGCAAAUCUGAUAGCAGUGACAGUAGUGAUAGCAGUGAUAGUAGUGACAGUAGUGACAGCAGUGAUAGUAGUGACAGUAGCGAUAGUGAUGGCAAAUCUGAUAGCAGUGACAGCAGUGACAGUAGUGAUAGUAGUGACAAUGACAGCAAAUCUGAUAGCAGUGACAGUAGUGACAGUAGUGAUAGUAGUGACAAUGACAGCAAAUCUGAUAGCAGCGACAGUAGUGACAGCAGUGAUAGCAGUGACAGUAGUGAUAGUGAUAGCAAAUCUGAUAGCAGUGACAGUAACAGCAGUGAUAGUAGUGAUAGCAAAUCUGAUAGCAGUGAUAGCAGUGACAGUAGUGAUAGCAAAUCUGAUAGCAGUGACAGCAGUGAUAGUAGUGAUAGCAGUGACAGCAGUGAUAGUGAUAGCAGUGAUAGCAAAUCUGAUAGCAGUGACAGCAGUGAUAGUGAUAGCAGUGACAGUAGUGAUAGCAAAUCUGAUAGCAGUGACAGCAGUGACAGUAGUGAUAGUAGUGACAAUGACAGCAAAUCUGAUAGCAGUGACAGUAGUGAUAGCAGCGACAGUAGUGACAGCAGUGAUAGCAGUGACAGUAGUGACAGCAGUGACAGUAGUGAUAGUGAUAGCAAAUCUGAUAGCAGUGACAGUAACAGCAGUGAUAGUAGUGAUAGCAGUGACAGCAGUGAUAGUGAUAGCAGUGAUAGUGAUAGCAAAUCUGACAGCAGAUCUGAUAGCAGUGACAGCAGUGAUAGUGAUAGCAGUGACAGUAGUGAUAGCAAAUCUGAUAGCAGUGAUAGCAGUGACAGUAGUGAUAGCAAAUCUGAUAGCAGUAACAGCAGUGAUAGUAAAUCUGAUAACAGUAACGGUGACAGUGAAUCUGAUAGUAGCAACAGCAGCGAUAGCAGUGACAGUGAUAGUAAAUCUGAUGAUAGUAGUGACAGCAGUGAUAGUAACAGUAAUGAAAACAACCAUCAAGGCAAGUCUAAAAAUGCUACUAACAAUGGAAAUGACAGUGAUAGUGAUAGUAUCAGUGAAGGCAGUGAUAGUAAUCAUUUAACAAGUGAUGAUUAG